AACCAGAGGAGCUUCAGCUGAUUUCACACUCAGUCCUGUGUUGAUUUAUGACUUCUACAACACUGAGAAGUCACAUCAUGAUUCUUUUGACGCUCGCCAGUCUGUUGCAGGAGGUGUUUGUGGCUGCAGGUGUAGCCCUGGACCCCUGCUCAGCCUACAUCAGCCUAAAUGAACCCUGGAGGAACACUGACUACCACGUCAACCAGUCCUUGGGCGUUCCCCUGUGUGACAGCCACGUGUCUGGAGAAUGGUACCGCUUCACCGGCAUGGCAGGAGACGCCAUGCCCACCUUCUGCAUCUCUGAGAAUCACUGUGGCACCCACGCCCCCAUCUGGCUCAAAGGCAGCCACCCCCAACUCGACGAGGGCAUCGUCAGCCUGCCCGUCUGUGCCAGCUUCAACGGAAACUGCUGCCAGUGGAACGCCACCGUGGAUGUGAAGGCCUGCACUGGUGGAUACUUUGUGUACCGUCUACCAAGACCCUCCGUCUGCUUCCAUGUUUAUUGUGGCUAUUUCUACGACAUCUGUGAUGAGGUAGACUGCACAGGUCCACAGUGUCCGGAGUCUGACUGCCGCUGUGCAGCUGGAACCAUCCUGGGACCGGACAGACAGACGUGUCUGGAUGUCAAUGAAUGUGAGAAGGGUAAUGGAGGCUGUGCAGAGGUUUGUGUGAACACCAAAGGCUCCAGACGCUGUGACUGCGGGCCUGGACGUGUGCUAGACACAGAUGGACUGAACUGCAGAGAGAUAGCUGGCUGUCAUGUUAACAAUGGAGGCUGCAGUCACAGCUGCUCCUCGCUGCCAGGCUCCUAUCAGUGCCACUGUCCCAGAGGGCUGGAGCUGGGAGAGGAUAAACGCACAUGUCAGGUGCCAGUCCAGUGUGAUUCCAGCUCCAUUGUUGUGUCGGUCCCUAAAGACCUCGUUGGAGGACUGGAGCUCACCUUGUCCAACUCAUCCUGCAGAGGCGUUUCCAACGGCACACACAUCAAUCUCAGCUUCAGCCUCAAGACCUGUGGCACAGUGGUGGAGGUGACAGACGACAAGAUUGUUGGGACCAACCUGGUGACCGGCCUCCCCAGGAGCAGCCCGGGCAGCAGCAGAGACGUGAUCGUCCGCACCAGUAAGUUAGUCCUGCCCGUCACCUGUGAGUUCCCCCGAGAGUACCAGGUGUCAGACGGAUACCAGGCCAGUCUGCGCAGUUCAGCCCUGGAGCUGGCGAGCCACAGCGAGGGAGUCUUCCCCUUCGCCCUGGAGCUCUUCAAGAGUGCAGAGUUCUCUGAGCCAUACCAAACCCCACCCCAGCUACGCCUGCACGACUCUCUGUUCUUCGGGGUGGAGCCAAAGGACAGGGUGGAUGGUCUGUCUGCUCUGGUGGAGAGCUGCUUCGCUACACCGGGGCCCAAAGCUGACCAGGCCCUUAAAUAUUACCUCAUCAAAGAUGGGUGUAUCUCUGAUGAAACCGUGACUCAGUACUCAUCAAAGGACCAGCUCUCCAAGCACUACCAGGUCCCCGUCUUCAAGUUCAUUGGCAAGGACAAUCGACAAGUGUUCCUGCACUGCCAGGUGUUGGUGUGUGGAGCAGGAGACUCCCGCUGUGUUCAGCGCUGUCGUGGACGGGCUCGCAGAGAGAUUCAGACCGGUGAACUCCAGGACAAGCAAACUCUGAGCGGAGGCCCCAUCUUCAUCCUGCCUGAGCCAUGAUGCUGACAUAAAGCCAGGGAUGCCAUGAGAAGAGCCAGCAGCCAUGAUUACAAAAUAUUCUUGCAGAGGAACAUUUAGGUUAACGCUUAAAAUAACAGAAACCUUUAAAGUCCAUGUAAAGAAAAAGUCAGAAACAUGUAUGAAAUGCUGGAAAAAGCAGCUGUUAUGUGAAAAGACUGAGAACUGUUAAACUGAAUCAGGGAUUAGGCUGGCUUCCCACUAGAUGAUUUUAGGCCUGAUUUUGCCAAACCAUCAAGGGGGCACUCAAGACUUAUGACAACUGAUCCAAAUGAUCCUCCCUGUUGAUUUAGAGCUGGAUGUUCUAAAAUUAUUAAUAGUGAACAUGUUUUUAUGUACAAUUUAAGAUCAGACUGCCUCCAAAGGAAUACCCGCAAUAGUCAAAGAAAGCAAGCAGACCUGGACAUGUUACCAACAGAUUGAUUCACAUUUUUAAAGCUAACAUGGCAGAAAACAUGAACAUAACUGAGCACGAAGCCAAGUGGAAUACUGGAAAAGAGGACAAAAUUGCGACAACCUUGCAACGCUAAUGGAUUGGCUUAUUUCACCUCUGUCACAAUUGAAAUCAAUUUGGCAAAGCUUCAAUCUGAAAUGUUUGCGGUUGGAGAAUGAUCCAAUCAGUAUCAUUUGAGGAGAAUGAGGCAGUUGCUACUGGUGAGGUUUAGUUGUGCUGCAAGCUAGUGAUUACAAGAAAUUAGCUUAAAUGAAAUGCACAUGCUGGAUUCCUCCACCAGGGGACUCUCAACACAAACAAUAACACAAUAUUAUGAGUUUACAUGUUCUCCCCGUGCAUGUGCGGGUUCUCUCUGAGUGCUCUGGCUUCCUCCCACCACCAAAGACAUGCCCGUUAGGCUAAUUGGUGACUCUAAAUUGGCUGUAGGUGCAAGUGUGAGUGUGCCUGGUUGUUUGUCUCUAUAUGUCAGCCUUGUGAUUAACAGGUGACCAGUCCAGGGUGUACCCUGUCUCUCACUCGAUGACAACUGGGAUAGGCUUAACCCCCCCCUAACAGUUAUAGAAAUAUAGAAAGUUGAUGGAUGCAUUUCUCAUAAUGAGGGAGUAAUGCACUAGCAUUGCUUCCAGUGCAACCAGAAAGUGUGUGUAUUUCUCCCUCAUUAUGAGAAAUUUAUGAAUGAAAACGAAACACUUGUUUUUUAUUUGUACAUACACUUGGAGGUUCUGUUUUUAUGGCACAGACUCUUCAAUUUGAAACAAGAAGUAUGUAAUACUGAGAACCAGGCCACAGAGAUGGUAGCGUAAGCAGUGCCGGUCUUAACUUGCUGGAAAUGUCAAGUGUGGAGGGUUCAUGGUACAGAGGUGAGUUUGAGCAAUUGAACUCACAUUACAAUUAAAGAAAUAAAGAAUUUCUCUGUCUUCAAAAAUUUUAGGAUAAAUUAAAUACUUCAGGACCUCAGUUAAAAACAUGUAUAACAUAGGAAUGUUGACUUUUUACAUUAAUAUAGAUAUUUGAGUUCAAAACUUCAGAACUGGAUAACAUCUCAUUAUGAAAAGAGCAACAAAGCACUGAAAGCUUUCCAUGGUCGAAAUUAUGUUUUUGCUUUUCUCCUGACCAGCUUUGGCAGGUGUUUAAUUUACCGGCUGGCUCCACUGUUAAUGAACGACAAUAACGUCUGCCUGUCAAGCUGUUGUUUCUGUUCUUUCCUAACAACAUCUACAGGGCAUUACCCAGAUGGAUGUGAAUUAAAUCAACUGCUAUGGAUCUAUGAAAGUCUAUCUGGCAUACCAGGUUAAACUUGCAAAAUUAUGGUAAUAAAAUGGGUGCAUAAAUAAUGUCUCAGGAAGGGCAUAUCACAGUGCUUUUGUUUUUCACAGCUUGUUUUCUGAAGUCACAUUUGAUUGGGG